GCUUUCUCCGUGAAAACACCAGCCAAAAAGGCAAAUGCCCCGAAAACAACGAAGAAGAAAAGCGGUGGUUACUAGCUCUCAGUUCGGUGGCGCUCUCACCUGAAACUCCGAUUAAUCGCAGACAAGCUUUUUCUUUUUCAUUCUCUCUCUACGAUUUAGAUCUUUUUUCAUCCACAAAGCCGUCUAGUAAAUGCUUCAGGAGCUAUAAACAUGAUGAAUUCGAUGAGGGGUCAUCACGAAGAGGAGGAAGACGAGGAUGAAGAAUUGGGUUCUAAGAAAGAUAAUACGUCUACCAGUGCUAGAGAUGACAAAAACAACGAUAAGGCCAAUGCUGUUAGGACGAAGCACUCAGUGACAGAGCAGCGCCGGAGGAGCAAGAUUAAUGAGAGGUUUCAGAUAUUGAGAGAUCUUAUACCUCAUAGUGACCAGAAGAGGGAUACAUCAUCAUUUCUACUGGAGGUGAUAGAGUAUGUUCAAUAUUUACAAGAAGAAGUACAAAAGUAUGAGGGUUCUUAUCCAGGAUUGAGUCCAGAGCCCUCAAAACUAAUGACAUGGCAGAGAAAUAGUCAUUGGCGGGUUCAAAACCUAAUUGGACAGCCGCAAGCCACAAAGAAUGGUGUUGGUCCAGGAACACCCUUUUCCGGGAGAUUCGACGAUAUUGCUCUCCCUCCAACCAUUCAGUCCACUCCACAGAAUCUAACUGAAUCUGAACCUUGUAAAAACACUGCUCAACUACCCAAUUUGUUGAAAAGAGGUGCUAAUGCCAUGCCAUUCCUUCCCACUUCAUCAGUUCCAAUACAAAGUGAAGACAUUGUUAACCUUCCUCUUCAGAGACCUGUUUCUGAUACACAAUCAACUGAGAUUCCGGUUGUGGGUAAUGAGAUAGACCAACAAGAUCAUCUGAUGAUUGAAGGAGGCACUAUUAGCAUUUCCAGUGUAUACUCUGAAGGGCUGUUGAAUAAUUUGGCCAAAGCAUUACAAGAUGUAGGUCUUGAUCUGUCGCAAGCCACUAUCUCAGUCCAGAUUGACUUGGGGAAACAAGCUAAUUCAGGAUUUAUAUCUGGGAUUUCCCAUUCUAAGGAGCAUGAGAAUAACCAUUCUGAUAAACUGAUGGAAAAUCUAAGAGACGAAAGCAACAAUGAGGAUGCGGAUCAAGCUCAAAAGAGGCUUAAGACCCGAGGCUAGUCUGCCUGUUCCUGAUCCUACAAACUGCCCUUGUAAAUGUUAUUCUUCCUGAAGUGGUGUUUCUUAUGACAUAUGGUGUGGGAUUUGAACAAUUAUUUUUAUGCCUUGCUUUUGUAGAUGGUAAUAGAUGUCUUAGGAAAAAUGGUUGCUUCUUUUCUUCUAUUUAUUUUUGUUGUUAACAUGUUCUUACAGCUGAUUUUCAUAGCUUAAUUAAGCUCUUAAAUUUGUUCAUUAA